AUGGCAUCCAUCAAGGUGUCCAACCCGCAGAAUGCUCUCAUCCGCGAGUGCUCCUUUAACCCCACAGACUCCUCCAUUGUGUGCGUAGUCGGUGAUGGCAUUUUGAAGUUCAUGCAGCUCAAGGAUGGCUUCAAGACUCUACCAGUCGCCCCACCUAAGUUGCAGAGUUUCAUGUGUCACGCAUGGCUUCACGAUGAUAAAAUGAUCGUGGGCUGUGACAAUGGAGACCUUCUGCUUUUUGACAACGCAGGUGAGUUUCAAUGCGUGCUCCCAACAAGCCCUGGAGAGCCCAGGGCAGCCACAUGUGUGAUCCCCUGCUCGAAGGGCUUCAUCAUUGGUGGCGACGAUGGGCGCAUUCGUAUCUAUGAGAAGAGCGAUGAGCCAAAGGAGAUUUAUCGCCAAGCCAAGCUGCUCCAAGUCGAGCCCAACUCUGGCGCGGCUGUGAGAUCACUAGCUUUGAGCCCUUCAGAAGAGUUGCUGGGUGUGACGACCUCUUCAGCCCAGCUCUACCAGCUCUCCCUUUUGGGACAAGACUUGAUGAAGGCGGAGGAGACUCCUGCCUUUGAACCUGUGCUUAGCCAUUUCCACACAGGCGCCAUUUUGGGGCUGGAUGUUUGCAUCCGAAAGCCCUUGGUGGUCACUUGUGGCAUCGACAAGUCAGCUCGAGUUUGGAAUUACUUCGAGAAGACCUGUGUGAUGUGCCGGUGGUUCAAUGAGGAGGCCUAUAGCAUUGCGUUUCAUCCUUCUGGCUUUCACUUGAUCAUUGGGCAGUCAGACAAGCUGCGGCUCAUGAACCUCCUCAUGGAGGACAUGAAGACAUACAAGGAUAUUGCCAUCAAACAGUGCAGAGAGUGCCGAUUUAGCAACGGCGGUCAAUACUUUGCAGCGGUCAACACCAACGCCACCAAUGCGAUUCAGGUGUACAAGACCUACACGGGUGAGCCGAUCGACACCCUGAAAGGUCACACCAACAAGGUUCGCUCAGUUGCCUGGACAGCAGAUGACAGUAUGUUGGUUUCGACUGGUGCAGAUGGCGCUGUCUAUGAGUACUUUGUCCAAGCUGAAACUGGCAACCCUGGCCGUGAUGGGCGGCGCAAUGCUCACGACUUUGUGCAAAAAACCAGCUCUUUUAGCUGCGUCAUCGUUCAUGCGGACCAGAGUUCAAACUUCAACACCAUGUAUGUGGUGGGGAAUGACCAGCUGCUGCGAAAGAUUUACAAAGGUGAAUCCAGCGGCACGGUGAAGGCAGGCACCACCUUGGGGCAGAUUGUCCUGGCCAACUCGGGGAAGGGUCUCUUUGCGGCGGUCGCCGAGCCGGAUGCCCCCGGGCGGAUCCGUUGCUACAAAUUCCCGCUGAAUGGUGGUGACAACAGCUGUGAAUGGACAGACUUCUCUGCACAUGCAGCACCAGCCACCCGACUUCGCAUCAGCGCGGAUGACUUUUACCUUUUCUCCACUGCUGAGGAUGGAACUCUCUUCGUCUUUGAUGUUAAGCGGAAAGACCGAAAUAUGUCCAAGCGGGACAAGGAAAGUGCGUUGCCACUCGCUGACGAGAUUCUCGUCACACGAACCUUUUUGGAUGAUAAGCAAGGGCAGCUCAAUGAGUUUGAGCGGCAAGUGGACGAGCUGUCCAACCAGCAGGAGUUCCAACUCAGGCAUCGCGAUAGCUUCCAUAAAGAAGAGAUGGUUGCCAUGGACGAGAAGUACACGGCCGAGAUCGAUGAGGAGCGGCAGAAGUAUGAAGUUCUUCGGGAAGAGAAGAAUGAUGCUGAGAUGGAGGCAGAAGAGAACAUCAAGGGCCUCCUAGAGCAUCAUGCAAAGCAGGACCAAGAUCUUGAGCAAAGCUUUCAGGAGAAGAUGAUGGAAGAGGUGAACAAGUAUCAGAAGCUCGCUGCGGAGCGGGAUGAGAUCCACCGGAAGUGGGGUGAGCAACAUCAGCGUGUCAUUGCAGAGCAUCAAAAGAAAGUCAAUGAGCUGCAAGCCAAAUUCCAGGCAGAGCAGAAAGCGGACAUGGAGGCCAUUGAGCGCAUUUUGAAUGAGAAAGCCUUGGCUGAGAAUGUCCAUGCCGAGACCAUGCGACAACUCGAGCUGGACACUGACCGAGAGAUUGAAGAGCUGAAGGAGGAUAAGGAGACACGCCUCCGGGCAGAACGUGAUGACAAAGUCCGGCUUCGAGGGCAAGCCGGAAUUCACAAGCGCAAUGGUGAGGAGCUGAGCAAGCAAAUGGCGCAAAAGGAAGAUGAACGUCAGCGCUAUCAAGAAGAGGCACGCAAGAAGGACGACAAGAUUGCGCAGCUGAAUAAGGAGCGGGAGCACAAUGCAAAAGAGAUCCGCCAACGCGACAGCACCAUUGGUGACAAGGAAGGAAAGAUCUACGAGCUCAAAAAGCAGAACCAGGAGCUUGAGAAGUUCAAGUUCGUCUUAGAUUACAAGAUCAGGGAGUUGAAGGCACAGAUUGAUCCGAAGAACGACAAGAUCGCAGAGAUGAAAAAGGAGAUUCAAGCAAUGGAUUCAGACUUAGAGGAUUACCAUCGCAAGAACACGCAGCUGCAGGUCAACAUUCAACAGCUGACCAACAAGCACAAGACUCUUCAGGAUGACAUUGUGUCACAGCGGAAAAAGAUGACGGACUGUCAAACGGUCAUCAAGCGCUUCAAGACGGACUUGCAUGAGUGCGUCCAGUUUAUCCAGGAGCCAAGACUUCUGAAAGAAUCCGUGACGGCGCUCUACAAGAAGUAUGUUCCGAAUGGUGUCAAGAAGCAAGAACUUGACACGGACAUCCAGCGUGAGUACAAUCGCCAACGCGACUAUCUGGAGAAGUCUGUGGAUAAUCUGAAGAGGAAGCUCUUGAAAGACUCUGAUGUUCAUCGACAGGAUAACACCCGAGUUCUGCAGGAGAAUGUGCAGCUGAUCAUAGAGAUCAACAACUUGAGAAGAGAAAUCGACUAUUUAAAGCGAGAGAGGCAGCAGCAGAGACUUCACGUCUCAAAAUUAAAGAGCAAUACAACGUCCAAAUCAAGCACAGGCAGGAUUGAAUAUCGGGUGUGUGCUGAAGGUGCAGUGCCUCAAGGCAUUUUGUGA